UUGUUUCAGUCCCAUUUCCCUCCAUGGUUUUUCCUCUCCCUGAGUAACUUGCCGUUUGUCUCACACUUCAUUAUACAGUCCCAUAUUCUCCCUCCAUUAGGGCAUCUCUCUGCCUUUUGGACGGAAUAUAUAUUCCACUGAAACCCAGGAGAAAAAAAAAAAAAACUUUUAAAAGGGGAAGAUGGACAUGAAAAAGAGGAUCCACUUAGAACUGAGAAACAGGACGCCGUCAGAUGUACGAGAACUGGUCCUGGACAACUGCAGGUCAAACGAAGGCAAAAUUGAAGGCCUAACAGCAGAGUUUGUGAACCUCGAAUUCCUCAGCUUAAUAAAUGUUGGCUUAAUCUCUGUUUCAAACCUCCCAAAACUCUCCAAAUUGAAAAAGCUGGAACUCAGUGACAACAGAAUUUCUGGUGCCCUUGAUGUGUUAGCAGAGAAACUCCCAAACCUUACACAUCUAAACCUCAGUGGAAACAAACUGAAAGACAUCAGCACGUUGGAACCCUUGAAAAAGCUAGACAGCCUGAAGAGUCUGGACCUGUUUAACUGUGAAGUGACGAACUUGAAUGACUACCGGGAGAGUGUCUUCAAGCUCCUGCCCCGGCUCACCUACUUGGAUGGGUACGACCUGGAGGAUAAAGAGGCCUCAGACUCGGACGGGGAGGUUGAUGGUGUGGACGAAGACGACGACGAAGAAGACGAGGAUGAGGACGGAGAGGAUUUUGAUGAAGAGGAUGACGAUGACGAUGAAGAUGAGGAAGUAGAAAGGGAGGAGGAGGAUGAAGAAGUCAGCGGGGAAGAGGAGGAGGAAGAUGGACAGGAUGGAGAGGUUGAUGACGAAGACGAGGAGGAGGAGGAGGUGGAGGAGGAGGAAGAUGAUGAUGAAGAUGAAGAGGGCGGUAAAGGUGAGAAGAGAAAGCGAGAGCCUGAGGAUGAAGACGACGAUGAAGAUGAUGAGGAGGAUGAUUAAAGGAAGCCAGCCCCCCCCCCCACCUCCACCUCUCUGCCCUCCUGUAUUUUCACUCAUUCCGCCCCAAAGAUAUCCCUAAAAAGACUGGUUAGUUUUGGUUGAGCUGACCUGUGGGUAUGUGCCUAGCACCAUACUACAGAUGUGACACACCAGCCCCAGUCAUGCCGCCUCUCGAAGGAGUUUUAAGAGCUGCGUUUCUUUCAACAUUUCUCCUAUCAGUCCCUUGUACAAAUCCUCAAGAGGACUUUGGGUAUAUCCAGUAUUGCUCAGUGCUUUUAAUAUUGUGUUGGGGGCUCUUUGGCUUUUUUUUUUUUUUUUUUUCUCUCCUCCUCCUCUUUCUCAGUAAGACUUGCUGUAGCAGCGACAAGAACAGAGGCUGUGAUUGGUGGAUCAUGAUUUAAAAUGGCUACAUUUUUCAACAAAAGUUAUAGCAACAUUUUUACUUUAUGUAAGUCAAAAGAAAAAAAGCUUUGUAAAUAAAAUCUUAACAUUUUG